CCAGGUGUUAAAGUCUGGAGGCCAGGAGAUAAAUAACAGACCCCGGAGAGGGACAGAGUGAGGGUGUGCUGGUCAUUUGGUGUGUGAUGGUGACACUGGAGAUGUUCUGAUGCUGUUUGGAUCCGUUUUGAGCAGAUCUGGGGGUUUUGCAAGCGCGCGGAAUUAUGAAUCACCUGUACAGGUUCCUUCUGUCUGCUGUGGUGGUUUGUCAGGCGGUUCCGUCGGAUUCAGGCUGUGAAGGAGCAGAAUGUGGGAAAGCUGGAGUCGCUGGAAAGCCAAAACAGCACGGAGAAUUCUUGAAUAAGUUCAAUGAAAUGAACACGCACACGCCGCAACGUCAGCACCAGAACGCCGAGGCCGUGUUACCGUUCAUAGGACUAACCGGAGUUGCUAAACAAAGUCGUACCUGCUGUAAGAACGGUGGAACAUGCAUUUUGGGAAGCUUCUGCGCCUGUCCGAAGCACUUCACCGGCCGGAGCUGUGAAUACGACGAGCGCCUCAGAGAUUGUGGUGUUAUUCCACACGGAGAAUGGGUUCAGAAAGGAUGCUCGUACUGCAGAUGUGGAUAUGGACUUCUGCACUGCUUCCCGCAUGUUUUCAGCAAAGACUGUGACGAUUCUCAGGAAGUUCAGUGGCACCGUUCAAGCUCCCCCAGAACACGGUCGUCUUCAAUCGGCGUGUUUGUUGCCUGUAUUUUCCCCUUUCUACUGCGAGUUAGUUUGCUUAACUAGGUCUCGUACAUCAAUGCUCUAGACUUAGAAAUAUAACACAGCAGAGAUGAAGAUGUUUAUUUCCUCUGACAUUUAGGGCAGCAUUUAUUGGUGGCACUGAAAUGUGUUUUGCUUCCAGUGGAAGUGUAACUAGCUGUGUUAAAAGCAACUGUUUAGUGAAGGAACAUAGGAUUUAUAUUGUGUGUGUGUGUGUGUGCACAGCUGAGCCAAAAUAACUUCUGUUUUUUUCUCUGUCUCUCUAUGAAUUUGUUAUACAAGAGAGUGCACUGGCUGAAAGCUUUUCAUAUUCUUCAUCUGUAUUGCUUUUAAAAUCUACAUGUUUUCUGAACAAUGAGCUUGUUUUAAAGUCAAGUUCUCUUGUCCUCAUUUGUGCUCGUCAGAGGAGAGCGAGGCAGAUAAUGCUCCGAUAGCCCGGCGUGAUUGUUGACCUUUCGGCUAUUUUCUCUUAUCUUCUAUAAACAAGUCGUCCGUCCGACCAAUCAAUCUCCGUGACUCUCUUGACCUUCUCCAGCUGGCCAGUGAUGUACUGUAACACUCUGUAUGAAUGAGUCUCAUCUAAUUAAAACGCCCAUCAAUAACCGA